UACUGAGGUGGUUAAUAGUGAGAAACUCCCGCAGACCAAGGAGAAGCUUCGAGUCACAGCAGCUCCUGUUCCCUGUCCGACUGCAGGACUAACAACACUCACAACCACCACAGAGCCGCUGUCUGUCCGCAGCAUGGAGCUGAACGGAGUCCUGGGCAAACACGGUCUGGAGGGUGAUGUGGACCUGCAGUUCUUGCUGAAUGGAGGGGAGCUGACCAAGGUGAAGUCCGACUCCUGGCAGAAGAAACGUUUCUUCAAGCUACAGGAGGACUUUGAGACCAUGUGGCAUGACUCGGAAAAGAUCUUCAGGAAAAACAACACCUUCUCCCUCGAUGACAUCGACUCUGUGCGGCAGGGCCGCGGCUCUGAGAGCCUGCAGAAGUAUACUGACGACUCCUUGGAGGAGCGCUGCUUCUCCAUCAUCUUCAAAGGCAAACGCAAGAACCUGGACCUGAUGGCCAGCUCGCCAGAGGAGGCCAAGCAGUGGGUGGUGGGGCUUGAGAAGGUCCUCACACACAUGAGCAACCUGAACAGCCAGCAGAAGAGUGAACACUGGAUCAUUAGCUGCAUGCGGAAAGCAGACAAGAAUGGUGACAACAUGAUGACCCUGAAAGAGCUGAAGCGCUUCCUGCAACAGAUCAACAUUGAAGUAGAUGACACCUACGCUGCCAUGCUAUUUCAGAAAUGUGACACAUCCAAAUCAGGCACUUUGGAGGGGGACGAGAUUAAGAAGUUCUAUGAACUGUUAACAAACCGCGAGGAGAUCAACGUGAUCUACGGAAAAUACGCUGAGACUAAAGGUCAGAUGAGUGCGAACAAUGUUCUCAGCUUCUUGAAGACGGAACAGAAGGAGUCAGUGUCUCUGGAGGAUGCAGUGAAGCUCAUUGAAAAGUAUGAGCCAGAUGAAGCAGCCAGACAGAGCAAGAACAUGACCAAAGAUGGCUUCCUGAGGUACCUAACCCAUACAGAGGGUUCCAUCAUAAACCCUGCGCACAGGCAGGUAUAUCAGGAUAUGAGUCAACCCAUCAACCAUUACUUCAUAUCCUCCUCGCACAACACCUACCUAAUGGAAGACCAGCUGAAAGGACCCAGCAGCACUGAGGCCUACAUCAGAGCACUGUUGAAGGGCUGCCGCUGUGUGGAACUGGAUAUCUGGGACGGACCUAAUGGAGAACCGGUUAUCUACCAUGGUCAUACUCUCACAUCCAAAGUGCUCUUUAGGGAUGUCAUCAAAGCCAUCAAGGAUUAUGCCUUCAAAUCAUCAGAGUAUCCUGUAAUUCUGUCUCUGGAGAAUCACUGCUGUUUGGAGCAGCAGAAACUCAUGGCGCACCAUAUGAUCUCUAUCCUGGGCAGUGCUCUUCUCGUACAACCACUGGGGAAUGAGAUGCCCACAGCUUUGCCCUCACCAGAGCAACUAAAGGGUCGGAUCCUGGUUAAAGGAAAGCGCCUGAAUAAGCUGGAUGCAGCUUUCAACAAUAACAAUACGGUGGAGGAAGACGUGGUGUCUGAGGAUGAUGAAGCUGCAGAAGCUAAAGAGACUGAUCCGAAGGCCAAGUCUACGAAAUCGAAGAUCAGGCUUGCUAAGGAGCUGUCAGACUUGGUCAUCUACUGCAAGAGCGUCCACUUCAGUGGCUUCGAGCACGCUAAAGAGAAGCAGUCCUUCUAUGAGAUGGCAUCCUUUAAGGAAAGCAAAGCAAAACAACUGGCAGAUAAUUCAGCUUCUGCAUUUGUGCGUCACAACAUGGAGAAGCUCAGCAGAAUCUACCCAGCAGGCUCCAGGACCGACUCCUCCAACUACAACCCUGUGCCAAUGUGGAAUGCUGGAUGCCAAAUUGUGGCUCUGAACUUCCAGACUUCAUGUAAAAAGAUGAAUUUGAAUCAAGGUCGGUUCCUUCCCAACGGCCAGUGUGGAUACAUCCUGAAGCCACAGUUUAUGAGGACCCCUGGUUCUCAGUUUGACCCCAACAAUCUGACUGCAGGACCCUGGCUGCAGAGGAAGAUCCUCCAUGUCAUGGUCAUCUCAGCACAGCAGCUUCCCAAACUCAACAAGGACAAACCCACGUCCAUUGUGGACCCCUAUGUGAGAGUGGAGAUCUACGGAGUUCCAGCAGACACAGCCAGUGCACAGACACCACACAUCAACAAUAAUGGUUUUAAUCCGACGUGGAAUAUGAACUUUGAGUUCACCGUGAACGUACCCGAGCUGGCCAUAGUGCGCUUCUUAGUGCAGGACUAUGACGCUGCUUCCGCCAACGACUUCAUUGGCCAGUACACUCUCCCCCUGACCAGCAUGCAGUUUGGAUACCGCCACAUCCCCCUACUCACACAGAAUGGAGAUGUCAUCUCUUCAGCUGGACUCUUUGUUCAUGUCAUGGCUAUAGAUGCCUAAAAUCUGCCUUCUGCGGCCUCUGCGCCCACAAUGCUGUGCUUCAGAACAAUCACUGCUUCCAUAAUGCCAAAACCAGACCAGACUCCUGAUUAACCAUCAGAAGAUGUAAUUAAUGCUACAUAUGCCAACAUUUUACAUGUUCAGUGGAACUGGAGAUGUGGUCCAGGAAACCAAAACGUGGUGUUUUUUUUUUUUUUUUUUAAUUUAAGCUCGUCCGAUUAAAUCUUUUGUAAUCUUAGGUUUGGGGGAGCUAAGCAUUGCCCGCAUUUCAGUAUAUCAAAGCAACUGAAGUUAAACAUCUGAUCUUUUUACAUUUGAACAUAAUUUAAAUUAAGGAUUCUUGUCUUGAGAAUUGUAUAUAUUAAGGUGCAAUAGUUUCAAGUUAAUAGACUCUAAAAUAUUUCAGCAUACUGAAUCAAAAUGUCAUUUGGCUUGUAUUAUAUCUAGAUCAUUUUUGGAUGAAACUGAGAAUGUAAAGGUGUACAGAAACCUCAAAUGGACCAAACCUGUUCAGUGCGUGCCUGAGUGUAAUUAAGUGGCUGGCAGUUGAGGCAGGUCUAAACUUUCAUUGCUAGUUGGAAACCCAGUAAGUUGUUUUUAUAUAUUUAUUUAAUAUUUUUAGGGGUCUAGGGGAGUGUUUUAGUUCUAUUUAAUAACGGUGACAAAAAUUCUAUUUUAUAUUACACAGAUUUAUGGAGUUGUGUUGUUGCUUCUUUUACACUACACUACACCACACUAACAAUGAGCUUUUAUAAUGCCCGGCAGUAAGAACUACCAAUAUGCAAUAUUAAUACAACCAUAUUUUGCAGUAUAAUAUUCUGUUUAAAGCUUUAUUUUUUCAGGAGAAGUUUUUUUUUCUUCUUUUUUUACUGCAAGCAUGCCUAUGUUCUGUAAUGUGUACAUGUGUGUGUAAGAGGAUUUUAAAGUGUGUGAGAGGAUUUCUAUUGUGAGUGUAAUCUGAUGUUAUUAUAUAUCGUUCAGAUAACUCAUGUUGUGUGUGUAAGGGUGUGUGAACGUCUCUUAAAUAUGAAUUUUCAUGUAUUUAAUAUACACAGGUUACACUACACAUGGAAUUGAUAGUUUCCAGAGAUUUGGCAUAUUACAAUGACAAUAAAUUAAAAAACAAAACUUUCUGGGCAAAAUCAGAAUCUGCCAGGAUUUUUGUAAGAAAAGCUGUCGUAUCUGUAUAGAUGGGUAUCAAUGUUAAAGCUAGAGACGAUAUAAUAGCAUGGAUGUGUUUGUGUGUCGGGUCAAUAUUAGUGGGAAAUGCUUUUUUUUUUUUAUAUUGCCAGGGGAAAAAAUAGGAGUGCACUGAUGUUGGGAUUGUAUCUGAUAAUUUCAUGAACACAUUAAGAAUGAUUAGAAAUGCAUAGAAAUUUAGACUAAGCCCACCCAAAUCAGCAUUACACAGGAUUUCAAGUUUUAAAUCCAGUAAAAUGAAGAAAUGCAGACAAAUAAUCUAAACAUUCUGCUUUUCUUGAAUUCAUUAAACACUGUGUGAAGUGCCAGCUAAAUCUAAAGAUCUGUGCAGUGCCUAAACAAUGACCUGCUGAUACUGAUGUAUUCCAAUAUCUUUGUUCUUCUUGGUUUAUCUUGUAAAUCUGGAACACAAUAUACAGUUUACCAGUAGAGGAUCAAAAAGUAGAGCCCAAUCAAAAUAUAGAAGGUAAAUUUUGUCUCCUGAAGGGUCUCUACUUAUCCAUGAAUUCAUGUGCAAUGUGGUUCCUGUAUUGUUGGUGUAUAUUGAUCUUUUUACAUGUAUGUAAAUCAAUUCAAACAUGCCCUGAUUUAGGAUUCAGUAAGAAUAUAUUACACUGCAGGGAAGUUUGUACUUUUUGAGGGUUAUUAAAUAAAAAUAAACUCUAAAAUACUACAACAUAAUCACCCAAGGCUGUUAUUAUCUUGUUAUCAUGCAUUCUGAAUUUCUGAUCAUAAAUGUCUGGGUUAGCUGUUGGUCUCAGACUGUCAGUGUAUUAUUUCUGUUUUUAUUAACAUCUGCUGACUGUCUGUUCAUCUCUUUCUGUACAUAUUAAACUACUUUUUGAUCAUUUUAAUAA